AUGGACGAAGUACUUAGUGCAUGGAAAAACUUGUCCCUUACUGCCGAGAAAAGUACAAAACUUAGCAUUACAAAAUCAAAAAAUCUGAGAAGAAAAGAAUAUGUCCUUGCAGCGAAGUUUCUAACAAAACACGCCCUAAAUGUGGAUGCUAUAAGGAGAACUUUCAAACCCUUAUGGAGGGCCAGGAACGAGUUCAAGAUUAGAGAAGUAGGAGACCACAUUUUACUAUUUGUUUUCAAACUUGAAACAAAUGCGGAGCGAGUUUUAGCCCAAGAACCAUGGUCGUUUGAUAAGCACCUUGUUCUGUUCCAACGAUACGAUUAUUCGAUCUCGGCCAAACAUCUACGCUUUACAAAGAUCAUGUUCUGGGUGCAAAUACAUGGCCUGCCUAUGAGAAUGCUAGACCCCGAGAGUGCCAUUGAAUUAGGAGAAACCCUUGGGGAGGUGUCAACCAAGGAAGCCGAGAAGGAGAUGGUAGGGGGUGAUUUUGUUCGGGUUAGGGUGAAAAUAGAUGUAUCAAAACCACUAAGCUGA